UUCAGCUGUUGGGAGAGAUUUUCUUUUCUAGGUCGGUCAGCAAAGUUUUACAAAAAGAGGCUUCUUUUCGCUUUUUGGAUAGCUCUCCCUAUUUCUGUGGUCUACUACUAUUUUCCAAAAUGUAUCUAGCGCCGUUGACAAUUGCAGCAUUUCUGCUGUUGCAUAGAUAUGCGGCUGCAGCAGAUGGUGCGACUGCUGGGAAUGAAGCAGCGACAGGUUUCCCUCCUUGCGAUGCGCUUAUCCGGGCAGGUCUGGGCAGCCGACUGCUUUUGGCCACAGACGCGGAAUACGAACCACGUAUUGCAAGCUGGUGGUCUCUAGACACCCGACAGCGGCCCUGGUGCCUCGUGCAGCCGCGUGAUGCGGCGGAAGUAUCCACAAUCAUGACCGCCUUGCUCGGGGCCGGGGCUGGAGAUGGUGCUGGAGACUGGCAUGUUGCCGUCCGUGCAGGGGGACACGGCCCCAGGCACUCGAACAAUAUUGAUAACGGAGUGACUAUCGACUUGGGGAUGCUGAACCAGGCCACCUACGACAAACGAACAAAUCUUGCCAGCAUUGGUCCUGGCGGUAGAUGGAAGGAUGUCUUGGCUGAACUGCUCAAGUAUGGGGUGGUAGUGCCUAGCGGCCGUGAUGGGGACGUUGGCGUGGGCGGGUUUCUGUUGGGAGGGGGCUCGUCGUACUAUAUGGGCCGUGAAGCGUUUGCCUGUGACUCUGUCAGGAACUUCGAGGUUGUUUUGACCAAUGGCACCAUCGUAAACGCGAACAGGGAGGAGAAUGUCGAUUUAUGGCGAGCGCUGAAGGGCGGCGGGAGUAACUUCGGGAUCGUCACCCGCUUUGAUAUGGAGGCUUUACCCGCGAAGGACAUUGCGUAUGGAACCCGCUUCAUGAGCGUGGAGUACUCCUCAGAGCUGGUGGAUGCGAUUGUUCACUUCACCGACCAUUAUGAAGAAUUCGAUACGGACGCACUAGUUGCGUUUCUCAUGCAUAAUACGUCAGCUCUCCCAAUGGAUGUCGUGGCCGCUGCGAUACAUGUCAACACUGAGGGAAUUCACAACAGUACAGGCUUCAAAAAGCUGAACCAGAUUCCGUCCCUUAUUCCUGAUGAGACGAGAUCUCUAAGUCUCGCAGACGCUGCUGAAGACUCACAGCUCUCCUCCGGAACAUGGAAUUUUGGCGCAACGUUGACGUUUAAGAAUGAUAAACGAAUCUUAGCCCACGCCGUGAAGCUAAAUGAGAAAUAUGUCAAAGACAUGAAUCACGCCAUUGGGCCAGACAAUUUCGUGUCACUGGUUUUCUUCCAGCCCGAGCCUUCGUUCUUCGGCGAUAUCAGUAAGCAAAGGGGUGGUAACAUGCUCGGGGUCGAUUCUCAAGAACACAACGCCGUCCUUUGGACCGGCGGUGUGGCGGUGAAAAGUGACAAGCAGGCGCUUGCCAUCGCACGAACCCGGAUGAGUGCCAUGGUUGCGGAGCUCAAAGAGUUUUCGAUUUCGCUGUGUGGGGAUAACAGACUGAUCUACAUGAACUAUGCAGACCCGUCGCAGGAUCCUCUUGGGAGCUAUGGCAAGGAGAACGUGGAUCAUAUAAGGCGUGUGGCUGCGAAGUAUGACCCCCUUGGUGUGUUCCAGAGAAGAUUCCCAGGAGGGUUUAAGAUAUCCCGCGUGGACUUGUAGUGGAAAGGGGAGCCGCUCUGUUUCGUCC